ACGAUCCCGACCCUCUCAACAGCGUUAUCGUUGAGGAUCAGGAGUUUGUGAACGUUUACUACGAAAUGCCAGACUUUGACACCUCUCGCAUCAGUCCAUGGCUUCUACGCAUAGAAUUGGACCGAAAAAGGAUGACAGACAAGAAGCUGACGAUGGAAGCCAUCGCAGAGAAGAUUAACGCCGGCUUUGGAGACGACUUGAACUGCAUUUUCAACGACGACAACGCGGAGAGACUUAUCCUUCGGAUCCGUAUUAUGAACUCAGAGGAAAAGAUGGAAGACGAAGAACAGGUCGAUAAGAUGGAGGACGACGUCUUCCUCAGGUGUAUUGAGGCGUCAAUGCUUUCAGAUAUUACUCUUCAGGGCAUCGAAGCCAUAGUGAAAGUGUAUAUGCAUUUGCCGACAACUGAUAACAAGAAACGUAUUAUAAUCACUGAUACGGGAGAAUACAAAGCCAUAGCCGAGUGGUUACUCGAGACCGACGGAACAGCGCUAAUGCGUGUGCUGUCGGAACGGGAUGUGGAUCCCGCCCGGACCUACUCUAACGAUAUCUGCGAGAUAUUUUCAACCCUUGGCAUCGAAGCCGUCCGCAAAGCUAUUGAAAAGGAGAUGAAUCACGUGAUUAGUUUUGACGGUUCUUACGUUAAUUACCGACAUUUAGCCCUUUUGUGUGACGUAAUGACAGCGAAAGGCCAUCUCAUGGCAAUCACUCGACACGGAAUCAAUCGUCAAGACGUCGGCGCUCUUAUGCGCUGUUCUUUCGAAGAGACGGUCGAUGUGUUGAUAGACGCGGCCUCUCAUGCGGAGGUCGACCACUUGAAGGGCGUCUCUGAGAAUAUAAUAGUAGGACAGUUGGCCAAAAUGGGAACGGGAGCUUUCGGCAUGCUUUUGGACCCGGAUAAGUGCAAACAGGGCAUUGAAAUUCCCAUGAAUUUGCCCGGAAUGGCAACUAUGGGAGUCGGCAUUUUCUAUAGCGGCGCGGACUCGCCAUCAAUGGCUGGUAUGACACCGCAGAUGACCCCUUGGGGACAGGGGGCCACUCCCGCCUAUGGUCAGGCCUGGUCUCCCGGACUUGGUCUUGGAAUGACACCAAAUGCGGCCGGAUUUUCGCCAUCUGCCGCAUCAGAUGCGAGUGGUUUUUCACCGGGAUAUUCGCCCGGUUGGUCACCACAACCCGGUUCACCCGGCUCUCCCACUUCGCCAUACAUACCAUCACCGCAUGGCUUACUCUCGCCAUCGUAUUCGCCGUCAUCUCCAGCCUAUGCCCCGAUGUCUCCCGGAGUCGGACCUUCAAGUCCUACAUAUUCACCGACGAGUCCAUCGUAUUCUCCGACGAGUCCUUCUUAUUCGCCGACGUCUCCCAACUACUCGCCCACGAGUCCUAACUAUUCGCCCACAAGUCCCUCAUAUUCACCGACAAGUCCUUCCUAUUCACCAACGAGUCCCUCGUAUUCGCCAACAAGUCCUUCAUAUUCUCCGACCAGUCCUUCUUAUUCUCCGACGAGUCCUUCA